GAAAUGCAAAGAGAAACCGGAGUGCCAAUGUGAAAGAAAUCCAAAGAGAAACCCGAAGUGCCAAUGUGAAAGAAAUCCGAAGAGAAACCCGAAGUGCCAGUGUGAAAGGAAUUUCAAGAGAAAUUCAACGUGGCAAUAUGAAAGAUAUCCCAAGUAAAUCUCAAGGUGACAAUGUGAAAGAAAUCCCAAGAGAAACUCAAGGUGGCAGUGUGACAAAAGACCCUGAAGUAAGGCAAGGUGAUACCAAGAUGAAUAAAAGAGGAAGAAAAGUGAAGUCAGACAGCACUCCGCGCACUAAAUCUGCCCAAGCCAAACGGAAAAGAAGCUUUGAUCCCAUUAACUACCAGAAUAAUCUGCAGAUGCAACGCUAUAGAACUUUCCUCGUGUAUUUGAAGGGUGCGCUGUCUUUUUUGUCAUCAUCUAAUUUUGCUCUGAAUUUGAGAUGUCCAAUGCACAAGGAAUUUGGAGAGGAAAACCAGAAAAUGCUGUGUCAAUCAUGUGGCUGGCCCAAGAAUAUAUUAUUAGCCUUUUCCGAUUAUGAUAUUCAACUUGCAAUGCUACAAAGUUGUCAAGAUUCUGUAUUGAAGAUGCAGGAUUUAGUUAUAGCCCCAUUUAAUAUGGGAGUUGGUGAUUUGAUAUUUUGGAUGUGUAAUAAUGAUGGCAGUAGUCAACCAAAUAAGACAGGUGUACAGAUGGGGAUGCAAGUAAAUCCUCUCAUGAUGGCUCAUCCUGCACAAGAAGAAGAUAUGGAAGAAGAUGAAGAUAUGGGAAUUGCUGAAACCUAUGCAGACUACAUGCCCUCAAAGUUGAAAAUUGGUAUCAAGCAUCCUGACCAGGUAGUAGAAACUGCCUCCAUGUCAUCAGUAGAACCACCUGAUGUUUGGUACGAAAUGAACAUUCCUGAUGACUCAAUCAACUCGGGAAAAUUGUCUGCUCUCCAGUUAGAAAGCAUAACCUACGCUUCACAACAGCACGAACAUUUUCUUCCCGAUGGGUCAAGAGCUGGGUUUCUUAUUGGUGAUGGUGCUGGUGUAGGUAAAGGCCGAACAAUAGCCGGCAUAAUUUAUGAAAACUAUCUCAAGGGUAGGAAGAAAUCCAUAUGGGUGUCAGUGUCUAAUGAUCUGAAAUACGACGCUGAACGAGAUUUGAAAGACAUUGGUUCUGGACACAUACAUGUGAAUUUUCUUAGUAAAAUGAAAUAUGGUAAGAUAAAUUCCGAUCUAAAUGGAAAUGUGAAGAAAGGCGUUCUGUUUUCGACGUAUUCAGCUCUGAUUGGAGAGUCGUCCAGUGGGCAAGGCAAAUACAAGACACGGUUAAAGCAGAUCUUGAACUGGUGUGGUGAUGACUUCGAUGGUUGUAUUGUGUUUGAUGAGUGUCACCGUGCCAAAAAUCUCUGUCCUGUUGGGUCUGGAAAACCAACAAAAACUGGUACAACAGUUUUAGAGUUACAGAACAAGUUACCAAAGGCCAGAGUUGUGUAUGCCUCUGCCACUGGAGCAUCUGAGCCAAAGAAUAUGGCAUAUAUGGUCCGUUUAGGAAUUUGGGGGAAAGGCACCCCUUUCCCAGAAUUCACAGACUUCAUCAGUGCAGUCGAAAAAAGGGGUGUUGGUGCUAUGGAGAUUGUGGCUAUGGAUAUGAAGCUUCGAGGAAUGUACAUAGCGCGACAGUUGAGUUUCCAUGGCGUAGGCUUCAGAAUAGAAGAAGUUCCUCUGGAUGAAGACGUUAAACACAUGUAUGAUGAGUCAGUGAAAUUGUGGGUGACAGCAAGACAGAGGUUUCAGGAGGCAUCAGAACUUAUCAAUGCUGAGAAAGGCAUGAAGAAAUCAAUGUGGGGACAGUUUUGGUCUUCACAUCAGCGGUUUUUCAAAUAUUUAUGUAUAGCAUCAAAGGUUGAUCAUGCUGUACGAUUGGCACGUGAGGCUGUAAAAACAAACAGAUGUGUUGUGAUAGGUCUUCAGUCGACAGGUGAAGCUCGUACACUGGAACAGCUAGAGAAAGAUGAUGGUGAAUUGUCAGACUUCGUCUCCACAGCAAAAGGUGUGUUUGAGUCCCUAGUUGAGAAACACUUCCCAGCCCCAGAUCGAAAUAGGAUUAACAAAAUUUUAGGUAUAUCUGAGACCAGUAAAGAAUUCAAAGAUAUCAUCGAUGAAGUCACGGGAAAGACGUCUAAACGAAAGCCAGUUCGACAAGCCGCUCAGAGAGCUGCAAAGAGAAGAUACAAGGAAAUGUAUUCAGAUAAUGAGGACAAUUCGGAUUUUGAAGUGUCAGGUGAAAGUGGUCAGGAAGAUGAUGAUGAAGAUGCAUAUUCAUCAGAAGCUUCUUCAGAUUUCUCAGGAAUUAGUGAUUUUGAUGAUGAAGAUACUUGGGGCCGUCCAAAAAAACGUGGCAAAGCCAAAAACCACAAGCAGAAGAACAGGAAAGCGUCGACAAGAGAAUGGCGAAAAACCCCUCCCCCACCCAAGGAUCAUGUUGAGAAAGCAAAUAAGUAUAAAACUGAGCUCUUGAAAUCAAUCGACAACUUGGGACGUAAGCUGCCACCUAACACCUUAGAUCAGUUGAUAGAUGAGCUUGGGGGUCCUGAAAAUGUUGCUGAAAUGACAGGAAGAAAAGGAAGGGUGGUACAAGGUGAUGACGGUCAAGUUCAGUAUGAAUCGCGUUCAGAAGUAGACGUUUCCCUAGAAAUUUUAAAUAUUAAAGAAAAGGAAAGAUUUAUGAAUUCAGAAAAAGACAUAGCCAUUAUAUCUGAAGCUGCCAGUUCAGGUAUUUCACUGCAAAGUGAUCGCAGAGUUAAAAACCAGAGGAGAAGAGUACAUAUCACCCUUGAGUUACCAUGGUCUGCAGAUAGGGCUAUCCAGCAGUUUGGUCGAACUCACAGAAGUAAUCAGGUUAAUGCACCUGAGUAUGUAUUCCUAAUUUCGGAAUUGGCUGGAGAGAGGCGGUUUGCUUCUAUCGUUGCAAAAAGAUUAGAAAGCUUGGGUGCACUGACCCAUGGUGACAGAAGAGCAACAGAAUCUCGUGAUCUUUCUUCGUUUAACAUAGAUAACAAAUAUGGUCGCAUGGCCAUGGAAUCAACCAUGAAGACCAUGAUGGGCUAUGAACAUCCUAUAGUACCUCCACCGGAAGAUUACAAAGGAGAUUUCUUCUCAGACAUCCAGAAUGCCUUAGUUGGUGUUGGAAUCAUUACCAAAGAAGAUAACAUUUAUCAGUUAGAUAAGGACUACAAUAAUAUGAGUAAAUUCCUCAAUAGAAUAUUAGGUAUGCCUGUUGAACCAAAUAGAUUGUUCCAGUAUUUUACUGAUACAUUAGCAGCUAUAAUAAGCCAAGCAAAGAGAACUGAAUAUGAUAUGGGAAUUUUAGAUUUAGGCAUUGGUGGAGAAGGCUGCAAGAAGACAAACAAAACUAAAACGUGGGUCGGAAAGCACGCAACUGGAACAGCCAAGACAGAAAUUCACACAGUCCUCGUUGAGAGAGGUCUCUCUUGGGCAGAGAUUCAAGAGAAGUGGGCUGAACUUACUGGAGAUUUAGAAGGAUUUAUAUAUCACAUCAGUACAGGAAUGCAGAUGAAGCAGGAAUCGUAUUCAGAUUUAAAGAAAAAGUACAAGAAAGUAACACCUGAUGAAGCUCAAGAGCAUUGGGAAGAGCAGUAUAAAGCUUCUAGUCACACUUGUUCUCAUGCUUAUUGGUAUGUUGAGGACCUGGUUCAGUCUGAAUGCGAUAUUACUGAGGUAGAGUAG